AUGUCGUCAUCAAUUAAAAAUUCAAGUAUUACUCCAAUACGAUUUAGUAGUCCUGAUAUCGCUAUUAGUUAUAUAGGUCGUUUUUGGCUAUUUCUUAUACCAACUAUUCUAUCGAUUGUAUGUGCUUUGUUUCUUCUUUUUCAUCUUCUAUUUGAUCCAACUCUUCGUCAUACAUUACAUAAUCAUGUAAUAAUAGUUCUCUUAUGCAUGUGUCUUAUAUGGGAAACGACAGUCGCUCCUGCCAUGAUGCAUGUUUAUUUAUUCAAUGUAGUUUGGUCACAAACUCCAACAUUCUGUAUGAUUUGGAAGUUUCUUGAUACUUGUAUUUAUACGUCAACAGCUAAAUUAGUAGCAUGGGCUUCAAUUGAACGACAUAUUCUUAUAUUUCAUAACAAAUGGGUAUCAACAAAAAAGAGACGUCUCUUUUUUCAUUACAUUCCAAUAUUACUAAUUGUUAUGUAUGGUGUAAUUUGUUAUGCAAUAAUAACUCCUAUUAAUGAUUGUAAAAGAAAUUUUUUUUAUACAAUGCCGUUAUGUGGUUAUUCCAGUUGUGUGUAUAAUAGUGAAUCAUUUACACUUUAUGAAUUUAUUACUGGUGGAUUUGCGUCAUCUUUCUUUAUUGGAUUUGGUAGCUUUUUUCUUGUCUUACGUACCAUUUAUCAGAAAAGUCGUUUUCAUCAACAUGUUCAAUGGCGAAAACAUCGUAAAAUGACAAUUCAACUAUUAGCUAUUACAUCGCUUUUCUAUAUUCUAUAUUUACCACCAAUCAUUUUAGCAAUUACUAAGUAUUUUGGGGUUCCACCUUAUGUGGGAUCUGAUUACAAUCUUUAUGCACAAUUCUUUUCAUAU